AAGCUGCCUCAGCCUUUUCUUCCUCGGGAAAUGACCUUUCAGCAGGACCUGAACGGACCAGUAUAUUGUUUCCUUUAUGGCUGUCUGGUCCUACAUCUCCCACCCAGGGCUCAAUGGCAUGUGUCUAUGCGUUUCUGAGGAAGUCGGGAGAGAGACAGAUGGGCCGAUCUUUCUCCAGGCUCCUGCUUCUUGGCUCCAGCAGGUCCCUGUCUCCUGUAAACUGGCAUGUAGGGAGCUGCAUCACGGCACCCACCAUGUAGGGUCCACUGCGACCCCUGAGCCCUUUCUGUCUUAUUAAUGCCUUCUGUGCCAAGCUCCUCCUUGGGUUGGUGCUUUACCCAACUUCUCCUCGUGGGCUAGUUUCCAGGCGAUUCCUGGUCAGUGCCCCAUGUUGCCAAAGUCCUUUUGGAUUCUAGGCCUGCCGAACUCCAUUUCCCACUGCUGGCCUCCCGCCAGCAUCUAGAACAGGCUCUUUAUUUGUGCCUCCCGGUUCCUAAUGGAGAUGUGAAGGGUGUUGGGCCCUGAAGGGAAAAAGAAAGAAACACACCACUCCGGGUGCUUCUCCGAAAGCUUUUAGUGUGUAAUUUCUCCUUUCCCUCAGAAAUUGUUUCCAUAUGGAACUGGCCGUUGGAUGGGGUGACUUCAGCCCCUGCCAUCUUUCCUACGUCUUCCUUGAAGUGGGCAAAUUCUUCCUGGCUGCUCUCCCGCCUCUGCCCGCCCCUCCUUUUAUUGAUCCCUGAGUCACAUCAAAUUAUUUUCUUUUUUUUCAAGUCACCAAACUUGACUUUCAGCUUUAGAUCGCAGGCCAGUUCGUUGCCGCUAAUGAGGAUCUGAUUAGCAAAGGAAGCAGCCACUCGAGCACCUCCCGUCUUCUGGGAACCCCCUCCCCGCCCCGCGCUGUUUAGGAUGACUUCUCACAGGCAAGACAGGUUGUUCCCUCCUCACCGAGCUUGGCCCCGCCAUGAACGUGUUCAUCCCUCCAUUGUAUCUUCAGUUCAUCAGGGAUUUGGCGAUGACCCUGGUUCUGCUAGAAGCUCUGCUCAGUGCUGGGGUCAAAUGGGAGACCCACCAGCCCUGGCUGCUGCUUGGCUGCCAGCCUCUAGGACAUGCAUCCUUUAUUCAUGCAUCCCAUUUCCUAAUGCAAUUCUGAUGGUGGUGAGCCCUGAAGGGAAAACAAACAAACAAACAAGCAAACAAACAAACACUGUUCUCCUUGGGGCUUACAGUUGGGGGAAGAUCCGGGGCUUCUGGCCAGGGAGGGGCUGUGUCCUAUGUCUGUGCCUUAGAGAGGGUGGCAGCCCCCCAUCCCCUGUCAGGGGUCUGUAUCCAGCACCAGGCACGGAGCCUCCCCCAGCCUCACUGCCACUUCUUUUGACUAGUUAAGCACUUUGUUGUUGUUGUUUUGGUCACUGACUCCUGGUUGCAUCGUCCUGGUUGGAGUGAGGGGAUUUUAUAGGUUUUCUCUUCUGCUGAAAUGCAGGUGGGAGUUGUGUCCCUUUGGCUCAGGUGACCUGGAAUCACCCAUGUGCUUGCUCAAUGGCAUCCUGGGCGUCCCCCUAGGGGUCCCUGCAUUGGGCCCUUUCUUGUCUUCCCUGGAGGAGGGCUGGGGAGGCUUGCCCAUGCACGGCCUCAGUGUACUGUGCCCUGCAAUCCGAGAGGGCCCUGGACGCCCCUGCUGCUCAGGCGCAGGGGAGUAUCAUAGCACAUUGGACAUCACAAAUGAGGAGUCACAAGGGCCAUUUCUAUGUCCGGCUUCCUCCCAGGUGGCUAUGGGGUUGUUUAGGGCACCGCAUGGGGGAUUAUUUCUGAAACCCUGGGAGACAGGGUAGAGGACCUCAUCUGCAAGGGAAUGGGCCUCCCUGAGGGCCCACAUCUGAAAGACCACUGAGAGCAGGCCAUUUUUCCUGCCGAAAAGUGUCAGCCCCUCUGGGACCCCCAGAGAGGAAGAAGCAAAGAGGACUGAGUGAGAAUGCACUGGUCAUAAACUCCAGGGAGCAGGAGUCUCACCCUCUCUGGCUGUAUGACCUUGGGCAAGUCAUGGGCUCCCUCUGAGCUUCAGCUUCCUCGUGUGCAAAAUAAGGAUGUGGUUUAGAUGAGCCCAGGGCCUCCCUCCAGCUCAAAACCUUAGAUAUGAAUGAAUGAGUCCUAGAUCCUUUUCUGACACGGCCCGGGGGUGGUGGCUGCUGAGGAGGGGGAGAAGGACGUGGGUGGGAAGGAGGGGCCAAGAGGACCCUGGGUGGGCGGUCGAGCCAGUGGAGCAGAGAUGAAGGCCCUCAGAGGUACCGCCACCAGCUGCAGUGCAAGCAGGGAGCUCGGUGCAGACGGCUAGCUGGGCAGCUGCCGUGAGCUGACUGGGCAUGAAAUGGCAGGCUCCGUGCUGCUUUAGAAAUCUGGGGUUUCUCCUUGAAACUGGAAUGUACCUGAACUCUACUUCAAGGCUGCUUAAAAGCCAAGGCUACACAGCUGAUCUCCAUCUCUCCGCAGCCUGGCUCCUUAUCCGUGGCUGGACCACUGCUCCUGCUAUGAUGCCUGGGCAGAUCCCCGACCCUUCGGUGACUGCAGGCUCUCUGCCAGGGCUCGGCCCCCUGACCGGCCUGCCCAGUGCUGCCCUGACCACGGAGGAGCUGAAGUACGCCGACAUCCGCAACAUUGGGGCCAUGAUCGCCCCCCUGCACUUCCUGGAGGUGAAACUGGGCAAGAGGCCCCAGCCCGUGAAAAGUGAGCUCGAUGAGGAAGAGGAGCGAAGGAAAAGACGCCGGGAGAAGAACAAGGUGGCCGCUGCCCGGUGCAGGAACAAGAAGAAGGAGCGGACGGAGUUUCUGCAGCGGGAGUCCGAGCGACUGGAGCUCAUGAACGCGGAGCUGAAGACGCAGAUCGAGGAGCUGAAGCAGGAGCGGCAGCAGCUCAUCCUGAUGCUGAACCGGCACCGGCCCACCUGCAUCGUGCGCACCGACAGCGUCAAGACCCCCGAGUCCGAAGGCAAUCCGCUGCUGGAGCAGCUAGAGAAGAAGUGACCAUGGCUGGGAGGAGCGAAGGUGGCGGACGAGGAGGGGUCCACGGGCCCUCCCUGGAUGGGGACGCUCGCUACGAGGAGGCCCAGCGCAGCCAGCAUCGGCGAGCUCUUGGGUGAGACUCAGAUCAGCCGACGAGCAGGAAGGCAGGCUGAGGACCCAGGGGGACCAAGCACUGAGACCAAAGUCAAGCCACCACGGGGGGCUGUCCUGCCUGGGACCUGGCUUGGAGGAGGCAGGAAUGGAGGGACGCCCUGCCGGGCACAUCUCUGGUCUCUCUAUUGCCAGGGCACCCACCCAGGGCAUCUCUGAGCUGCCAGGAAAAGCCAUGGGUCAGAACCAAAAGGCGGCUGAGGCUGGGACUGAGUACAGCUGUCUCAUGCCUGCCCCAGCCUGCCCCUGCCCCUGCCACCACUGAGCUGGGCUGAGGCGGGGGACCCCCGGCUGCACCGCCGGUUCCGCCUCUGCCUGGGCACCCCCACCCCACCCCCCACCGACCCUGCUGGAGUUUGCUGCGGGCACUAGGCGCAGGCGCCCUUCCGAAGCACAUACUCACUCGAAUGUUUACAGAUUGGCUGUCCUGGCAGUGCUUUUAACUGCACAUGGUUUUUAUACUUUCUGGUUUUGUUUUGUUUUGUUUUGUAAUAUUUUUUACCAAAAAAAAAAAAAGAUUUUAUACAAGCACUAUAUAUAUGGAUUUCUAUAAUCACUCGAUGUGAUACAGUAUAAAUAUGCUAUGGUUUGUUUGUUAUGAACAGCUACCCACCAGUUAAGCUGUUGUGUGUAGUCCUAAGUACUGUAGUC